UUGUCGGUUCCUUUCGGUUUCUCUUGUUCCAUCCUUCGGUGCGUGAUCCGCAUUGCAAUGUGGGUCUACGUGGACUGUUGGUCCGCGUUAGCUUAUUUGUUAUUGCUGGCGGGAUUUAUAUUUACGGUCCUGUGCGUGUUUCUCUACGCCACCUCAUCGAGAAUACCGUUGAUCAUUCGGUACUCGGAAGAAUUCAAUUUCAAAGACCCGUCCCAACCUGGCCAGAUUUUUCAGUACCCUCAUCUCGGGGAUGAACCGAGCAUCGAGCUCUCCGUUAUCGUCCCUGCGUACGAAGAAGAGAAGCGCCUUCCCCCUAUGCUGGACGAGUGCCUGGAGUACUUGCAGGCCAGGAAGAGAAGAGACCCGAACUUCACCUACGAAGUUAUCAUCGUCGAUGAUGGUAGCCGGGAUCGAACAACGUCUGUUGGCCUGCAGUACAGCCUCAAGUAUGGAACCGAAAAUGUGCGGGUCCUGACGCUUGCCAAAAACCGUGGAAAGGGUGGUGCCGUGCGCUUGGGGAUGCUUAGUGCCAGAGGAAAGCUCCUGCUAUUUGCUGAUGCCGACGGUGCGACCAAGUUCUCUGAUGUGGAUAAGCUUGAAGAAGUCGCGAAUGAGCUACUCAAGCAGAGCACUAACGUGGUUGUAGUUGGAUCACGUGCCCAUCUGGAGAAGGAAAGCAUUGCCGAGAGGUCAAUAUUUAGGACACUCCUUAUGUACGGAUUCCAUUUCCUUGUUUGGCUAUUCACCGUGAGGGGCAUUGCAGACACGCAGUGUGGUUUCAAGCUCUUCAGUCGGGAAGCAGCAACACACCUGUUCACCUCGCUGCAUGUGGAGAGGUGGGCUUUUGACGUUGAGAUCCUGUAUAUAGCGCAAGCACUCAAGUUUCCUGUCGCUGAGGUUGCUGUUCGCUGGACAGAGAUAGAAGGGUCGAAAGUUGUGCCCGUCUGGACGUGGAUUGAGAUGGGUCGGGACCUUUUUCUCAUCUGGUUACGAUACAAGAUUGGUGCCUGGUCUAUUGCAGCACAGCCAAACAAGCUCAAAUGAGUGAUGCUAGUCUGUGAUUUAGUUCGUUUUUAUAUGCCCCUUCCCCUUUAUUUUUUUACACGCUCUUGUUAUGUGUACAUUUUGAAGCGCAGUAUGCUGGAACAUGAUCUGCGCUGGUAAAUAAAUGGUUUUCUCAAGAUAAAUCAUGG